AUGCAACUGGGAGCCAUCUUUCCGCAGACCGAGAUCGGGGCCGACCCCGCUGGGGUGCGCGAUUUCGCUCAGGCCGCCGAGGACCUGGGCUACGAACACCUGCUGGUGUUCGACCACGUGCUGGGCGCCGACGCCAGCAAGCGAGAUUCGUGGGAGCGACCCUACAGUUCGGUGGAUACGUUCCACGAACCCUUCGUUCUCUUUGGAUACCUUGGAGCCAUCACCCAGAAGCUGGAGUUCGUUACCGGCGUGCUGAUACUGAGUCAGCGUCAGACCGCCCUGGUUGCCAAGCAGGCCGCCGAGGUGGACGUGCUGACAGGUGGCCGCCUGCGCCUCGGCAUCGGCGUCGGCUGGAAUGACGUUGAGUACGAGGGGCUUAACGAGGACUUCAGCAACCGGGGGCGCCGCUCCGCCGAGCAGAUCGAGGUCAUGCGCCAGCUGUGGACCCAGGACGUCGUGGACUUCCACGGCCGUUACCACAACAUCACCCACGCCGGGAUCAACCCCCGGCCAGCGAAGUCUAUCCCCGUCUGGCCCAUGGAGUUGAUCGGGCCGAAGGACACCAGUCCCAUGGCAUUGAGGAGGCUGAGUGCCGCAAUCCCGAAAGAGUUGUAG